AUGAUUAAUAUUGAAGAGCCUAUGUCGACUUAUCGGCAAAAGAAUCCCUCGCCUUUUGAGCAUAAUCUGCCAUUUCUAUCCAACUAUGACGAGUAUCUAAUAAUUGAGCUUAAACGUGAUAAGCUUAAUUACGCAUUGCGAAUAUUUGCGAGAUUUGACGAGGAGUAA